AUCAGAAACCGGAAGAAAAGCUAACCUUGAUGAUCAGUGAAGACGUGUGUAGAACUUUCUGCUAGAAUAGCUUAAAAACUUUACCCUUUUACUUGAAAAAAAAAAAUAAAGUAGAUUUAAAUGUUUUCACAGAAAAAUAGACGUAUAGCUUAACAAAUGGUAUAGACAACGGCUAGACUUGUGGAUUACGAUGAGGGUCUGUUCUCUUUUUGCUAGUAGAAGCUGUCACAUUUUUCGUAGUCUACAGAACACGUUAGUGUCCUCAAGUACGAGGAUCGCUGCUGUCCGAUGCUCAGUUACGUGCAACGAGAAAAGCGUUUAUUACGUAACGACUCCCAUCUUCUACGUGAACGCCUCUCCUCAUCUGGGACACCUGUACUCGGCGGUGAUCGCAGACUGUUCACACAGGUAUAAACAGCUGCAAGGGUUCAACUCAAAGUUUGCUACAGGAACAGACGAGCAUGGUUUGAAAGUCCAGCAGGCUGCUGAGGCUGCAGGAAAACAGCCGCUGACCUUCUGCACAGAGGUAUCCGAGCGAUUCGAACAUCUCUUCAGAAGCUGCAGCAUUUCACAUACAGACUACAUCAGAACCACUGAGCUCAGACACCGCCAAGCUGUGGAGCAUUUCUGGUCAGUGCUCUGGAACAAGAGACUCAUCUACAAAGGAAGUUAUGAAGGCUGGUAUUCCACUCAGGAUGAAAGCUUCCUCACACCGUCGCAGGUUGGGGACGCUCUGGACUCUUCCGGAAAUGAGAUUAAAGUAUCUCUGGAGAGUGGACACAAGGUGGAGUGGAUGAAAGAGGAGAAUUACAUGUUUCGCUUGUCUGCAUUCCGGUCUCAGCUCCUCGACUGGUUGCGAGGAAAUCCUAAGGCCAUCCAGCCGGAGCGCUUCCAGCAGGCGGUUCUGCAGUGGCUGCAGGAAGACCUCCCUGACCUCUCCGUGUCCCGCCAGAGAAGCCGUCUUCAGUGGGGCAUUCAGGUCCCAGGAGACGCCAAUCAAACCAUCUAUGUCUGGCUAGAUGCUCUAGUCAAUUACCUUUCGGUUGCUGGUUAUCCUGACCACCAUGACCGGUGGUGGUCAGUGGCCCACCACAUCAUAGGAAAGGAUAUCCUAAAGUUUCACGCCAUCUACUGGCCGGCAUUUCUUCUAGGAGCUGGACUGCGUCUGCCACAGGCCAUACAUGUGCACUCGCACUGGACUGUAAGAGGAAAGAAGAUGUCUAAAAGUUUGGGGAACGUCAUCGAUCCUCUGGAACACUCUCGGAUGUUUACAACUGACGGUUUGAGGUACUUCCUACUGCGGCAGGGAGUCCCGGAGUCAGACUGUGACUACACAGAGGAAAAAGUCAUAAAGCUGCUGAAUGCAGAGCUCGCCGACUCUCUGGGUGGCCUGUUGAACCGCUGCACGGCGGCAGCUCUCAAUCCAGCUCAGGUAUACCCCUGUUUCUGCCCCCAGGCCUUCCCCAGAGACCAGGGAGGCAGAGCUGCGGCGGAGGACUACCGCAUGCUGGAGGCCGUGAGGAAUCUUCCAUUUGUGGUGGAGAGGCACUAUGAGAGCAUGCACUUCUACAAAGCCCUGGAGGCCAUCAGCGCGUGCGUGAGGCAGACCAACGGCUUUGUUCAGCGCCACGCGCCUUGGAAGUUGGAUCGGACAGACGGCAAAGACCUGCGAUGGCUGGACACCAUCAUCCAUGUCUCCCUGGAGUGCAUGAGAGUUUACGGCACGCUCCUGCAGCCGGUGGUGCCAGAGAUUUCCGACAAGCUCCUCACAAGACUUGGAGUGCGACCCGACGAGAGGAGCUUUGAGACUUUAGACUUCCUGCCACAUCUCUGGCAGAGGGACUCUCCUUUUGAAGGAAGAGCUCUAGGAACCGACACUGGAGUACUUUUUAGUCGCCUGGAGAGUCAGAAAUUUAAAAACAAAAAGUCUUAUUUCAAAUAAAUACACUCUCAGAAACUUUGAGCAAUUUUA